ACACUAAUGAAUAUGAUAGUAUUGUAAUGAUGUACUCCGUAACCGAUAAAAGGUCGUUUAACUUCAUCGCCAAUAAAAUUAAAAAGAUAAAAGAAGAAGUGGGAGAUGCAAAACCUGUUUAUGUUGUUGCAAACAAAGUGGAUCUCAUAAGGUUUCGAGAAGUUUCCAGUAAAGAUGGUUUGUCAUUAGCGCAAGAGAACAACUGCAGCUUUGUGGAAGUGUCCGUUUCUCUACAGUGGAAUAUAGAUAAAGUUCUUGUAGGAGUUACAGAGCAACUUCAAGGUUGCAAAAAGAAAAACAAUGGAAGAAAAAUUUCUAAACUAGGUUGCCAAAAUAUCCCCAAAACUCCAGAAGUCCCUUCUAUACAACCUGUGACAGAAGUAAAGUCACACAAAAAAGGAAGUAUUUUGUCAAGACUGCGAAAAUUCUUCAAAAGAAAGCAUUUCAAGUUUUAAAAAAAUUAAGAGCGUAAAUCAGCAGUUAUAAAACAUUUUUUGGACUACCUUUUGUGGUUUAUGUAUAGAAGUUUCAAUAAAAUGGAUAAUUCAUUACUUGAAUGAUUAUU